GGUGAGGGCCGGGCCGGGAUCACGCCUGCGCAGUGCGGAGCUCUGGGCGCGUCGGGUUUUUAUCCGCGGCGGAUCAGCUGACUCCCCGCAUUGCAGAACGGCUGUGUCCACCGAAGACAUGUUGUACGCUCUCCUCCUCCUGCCCAGCCUCCUGGGCGCGGCUUUGGCCGGCCCCGUGUUCACAAAGUCAGAAUGUGCAAAAGGUUCCGAGGUCUGGUGUCGGGAUUUGAAGACGGCAUCUGAGUGUGGGGCUGUCAGACACUGCCGGCAGACAGUCUGGAGCAAGCCCACCUUGAAAUCUCUCCCCUGUGAAGCGUGUAAGGAGAUGGUCACAGUGGUUGAGAACUUGCUGAAACAAAAUGGCACUGAGGCUGAAAUUGAGAGUUACCUGGAAAAGGAGUGUGAGCUGCUUCCUCAAGAGGAUUGGGUAUCUAAGUGCAAGGAGAUAAUGGAGUCCUAUCUGCCAGUGGUCAUCAGUGCCAUUGAAGGGGAAAUGAGCAAUCCUGAGGAGGUGUGUACCGCCCUCCUCUUCUGCCGGUCCCUUCAGAAACAUCUGGCCACUCUGAGUCAGCAUCAGCAGGAAUUGGAAUCCAACACCAUCUCUGAAGCAGACAUGUCUGAAGUGGUGGCUCCAUUCAUGGCCAAUGUUCCCCUCCUCCUUUAUCCUCAGGGAGAGACCCAGAAAAAGCCCCUUUCAUCAGAGGUUGGAGAGGACGUGUGCCAAGACUGUGUUAAGUUAGUGACAGAUGUUCAGACCGCUAUAAAGACCAACUCCUCCUUCGUUGACUCCUUAGUGGAUCAUCUCAAGGAAGAGUGUGAUCGUCUCGGGGCUGCCCUCUCAGACAUGUGCAAGUCCUAUAUCACCCAGUAUUCUGAAAUUGCUGUCCAAAUGAUGAUGCACAUGGAACCCAAGGAGAUCUGUGAUUAUGCUGGAUUCUGUACAGGGAAGAAAACACCUUUGCAGGCCCUGGUCUCAGCUCAUAUGGCCAGCAACAACGUGAUGCCUGCAUUGGAGCUGGUGGAGCCAGUCAAGAAGAACUUGGUUCAGAUGAGAGCUGGUCCCACUUGUGAGCUGUGCCAGUAUGUCAUCAAAGAGAUCAUCAAGUUGCUGGAGGGCAACAAGACUAAGGAGGACAUGAUCCAUGCCGUGGAGAAAGUGUGCUCCGUGAUCCCCAAGUCCAUGGCUGAGGAGUGCCGAGACCUGGUGGAAUCCUACGGGCCGGCCAUCGUGGAUCUGCUCCUGGACGAGACGAGCCCCCACUUGGUUUGUGGCCUGCUUAACCUUUGCCAGAACAAGAAGUCAGGUGAGUGUGGGAGGCCAUGUGCCGGCCUGGAGCCCGGGGCUCGUGAUCUUGGAUGUGGCUGUUACUGCACACGCCUCAUCCCUCUCUGUUCUACAGUCAAUGUGGCCCGGCUUAAGAGUGGCGUCUUCUGUGAUGUCUGCAAGAAGGUCGAUGGUUAUUUGGACCAGAACCUGGAUAAGAACAGCACAAAGGCCAUGAUCCUUGCUGCCUUUGAGAAGGCUUGUAGCAUGUUGCCUGGAGUGUACAAGGAUGAGUGUGAUGAGUUUGUGGAACAGUAUGAGCCCGUCCUGAUAGCAGCCCUGCAUGAUGAGCUGAAUCCUGAUUCUCUGUGUUUGAAAAUUGGAGCUUGUCCCAAAGCAGCUCCUAAGCCCCUGUUGGGAACUGAGCAGUGUGUUUGGGGCCCGAGUUACUGGUGCAAGAACAUGGAGACAGCAGCUCAGUGCAAUGCUGUUGAGCACUGCAAGCGCCAUGUAUGGAACUAGAGCCCUUCUUUCUUGGAGAAAUUGCCACUUCUUUCUAUUUGUGUGUCUGGGGGAAGGGAACUUAAAGAUCUGACUUUUUUCUCCUGUUUUUAAAUGAGCCUCACAUCCUCUUCUCCCUUCAUCCCAUCAUCCUUUUGUUCCAUUUGUCCAUCGUUGCCGUGGGCCUGAGAGGCGCUGUACUCGGCCAUGUUGCCACACUUUUUCCUCCUCUGCUGGGUGAAUGACAUGCCAUGUCUGUAUCGUGGACUGGAGUCUGGUGGGCUGGUGGAGAUGUGGGCUGGGUGCGAGUAGGAGCCUGUGGGUAGGGAUGACAAGCACAGGCCCAACUGCACCUUACAAAUAUCUACCAGUGGCCUCAUCUGGGGUUUCAAACUUCAAAUCAGUUAGUUGUGUUUAGAGCUGUCAGAGCCCCUGCCCCUAUGCCGGAUUGCUCCGCUUAGCCCUUCUGUGUGGCUGGAGAAAGGCACAGCUGUGUCCUCCAGGACAGGAAUUCAGAGCCCUUCUUGCUUUGCCCGCAAUGUGGAAGAGUCCUGGUCUCCUUCGGAAGAAGCUGCUUUUGGCUUAGAAGGAGAGGGUGAGGCUUUGGUUUGCUCUAGCUGGAUGGAGGCAGUCCAGCUCUUGGCUUAGUUUUUUGAGCACUCACCCCCAUCUUUAGGUUGUAGCUUUCUUCUUUCUUUGUGAUACUUUUCUUGAACCUUUGCUUUGAAGUGGGUUUCGGGAAGUGGGAUAGAGUUGUAAUGGGGGCUGUGUCAGUGUGGGAUACCCUUUGGGGGGGGUCUAUCUGGGGGGUGGGGGGAGAGAUUCUGUGACUUGUUUCUUCUCUGAGGCCCGACUUGUAUGGUAACUAUAUUGGCCCAAGUCUGAGGAGUCUGGAAAGCACUAGUUCUGGGGGGGGUGUUUGCUUAUUUCUCUGGUGUGUCUUACAGUUGCAAAUACACACAACACAGCUUGGGGGUUGCUGCUAGAGCCCCUUCUUAAUCAUUAUUUUCAAAAUUAACAUGGGUGACAAAAGUCCUGCUUUUCUUGCUUCCUAGUAGAAAUGUGGCUGACCCACCCAAGUGCAAGUUUCUCCCUUGUUACCAAAUUGUAGGCUGGGCCUCAGUUUCUCCUUCUUGUGAUAGCAGCUUCUGCUCUGCUUUAAGUGUUCAGGGAAGCAAGGUGUGUUGUUGCUAUUAAAUGAAGUAAAUAUUGAUGAUUUUUGUUUUGUUCUGGUUUUGCCUUAAAGCUUUCUGUAAUUAACAAUAAAAGUUCCAGUAAACUAAAGUUGUUGUGA